AAUAAAUAUAUAAAACACUUUAUUAAAAAUCUAAGGCAUUAGGUUUUAUUCAAUAGAUCGGGUUGUCAGUUGUACUUGAAAUUAGUCCUUUACAUCAUGGAGGACGCUUAUUGUAAAACAUCGGCAGAAGUCUUAAGUUACUUCGAUGUUUCCCUGACGAAUGGAUUAAGUGAGGAGCAAGUAAAACGAAACCGUGCGAAAUAUGGACCGAACGAACUUCCAGCUGAAGAGGGAAAAUCUUUGUGGCAAAUGGUUGUUGAACAAUUCGAAGAUCUUCUUGUUAGAAUUCUUCUUCUUGCUGCAGUUAUUUCGUUUGUGUUGGCUUUGUUUGAAGAAGGAGAAGAAACCAUAACAGCAUUCGUUGAACCGUUUGUAAUCUUACUUAUUCUUAUUGCAAAUUCUAUUAUUGGGAUAUGGCAGGAAAGAAACGCCGAGAGCGCAAUCGAAGCUUUGAAAGAAUAUGAACCCGAGAUGGGAAAGGUUGUUCGACAAGACCGAGCUGCUGUUCAACGAGUUCUUGCUCGAAAUAUAGUCCCUGGUGACAUUGUUGAAAUAUCAGUCGGAGAUAAAGUUCCAGCUGAUAUUCGUCUGAUUGCAAUCCAUUCAACAACCCUCAGAGUUGACCAAGCCAUCCUUACAGGUGAGAGUGUUAGUGUGAUCAAACACACAGAAGCUGUCCCAGAUCCAAGAGCUGUAAACCAAGACAAGAAAAAUCUGUUGUUUUCGGGAACCAAUAUCGCAUCAGGAAAAGCUACCGGCAUUGUGAUUGGAACAGGAAGCAACACAGAAAUUGGAAAAAUCCGAGAUCAGAUGGCAGAGACUGAAGCAGAAAAGACACCUCUGCAACAAAAACUUGAUGAGUUCGGUGAACAAUUAUCAAAGAUUAUUACUGUGAUUUGUAUUGCGGUUUGGGCAAUAAACAUCGGACAUUUUAACGACCCAGUGCACGGUGGGUCUUGGUUGAAAGGAGCUAUUUACUACUUCAAGAUCGCUGUAGCCCUUGCUGUAGCAGCCAUUCCCGAAGGAUUACCAGCAGUCAUCACUACUUGCUUGGCUCUUGGAACUAGUCGUAUGGCAAAGAAAAACUCAAUCGUCCGCAGUCUUCCAUCCGUUGAAACUCUUGGUUGUACCUCCGUAAUCUGCUCUGAUAAAACUGGAACUCUUACUACCAACCAGAUGUCUGUAUGCAGGAUGUUCGUCGUCGACAAAGUAAUGGCUGACGGAGCAGAUUUCCAUCAGUUCAAAAUCUCUGGCUCCACCUAUGAACCAACCGGAGAGGUGACAAAGGAUGGAAAGAAGAUUCGAUGCAGCGAUUAUGAUGCUCUCACUGAAUUAUCCACCAUAUGUGCUCUCUGCAAUGAUUCAUCGCUAGAUUAUAAUGAGUCUAAGGGAGUUUAUGAAAAAGUUGGGGAAGCAACCGAAACCGCUCUCACAGUACUUUGCGAAAAGAUGAACGUCUUCAAUACCGAUCUCACUUCGUUAAAUAAAUCUGAAAGAUCGGUUCCUUGCAACGCGGUAAGUUUGUUAUUAAAAAGCAUGAUGAAGAAGGAGUUUACUCUUGAGUUCUCGCGAGACCGAAAAUCAAUGAGCUCUUACUGCCGAACAACAGCUCCAUCUUCUAUUGGACCCAAAAUGUUUGUCAAAGGAGCACCAGAAGGAGUACUGGACCGAUGCACACACGUUCGAGUAGGAACACAACGAGUUCCAAUGACUUCGGAAAUCAAACAGAAGAUCCAAAGCUUGGUAAAAGAUUACGGAACCGGACGUGACACGCUAAGAUGCUUGGCCUUGGGAACUAUUGACACUCCACCAAGCCCAAGUCAGAUGAAUCUUGGAGACUCGACUAAAUUCGUCGAGUAUGAGACUGGCAUCACCUUUGUUGGAAUCGUUGGAAUGCUUGACCCACCUCGUCUUGAAGUAUUUCAAGCAGUUCAGGAUUGUAGAAACGCUGGAAUUCGCGUCAUUGUCAUUACCGGUGAUAACAAAGCAACUGCAGAAGCAAUCUGCCGACGUAUUGGUGUCUUCGGUGAAGAUGAAGAUACAACAGGAAUGGCAUACACUGGACGGGAGUUUGAUAACCUUAGUGUUGCUGAGCAAGCCAAAGCUUGUUUACGAGCUCGUCUCUUUGCUCGAGUGGAACCAGCUCACAAGAGCAAGAUCGUUGAAUAUCUACAAGCCAAUGGUGACGUAACCGCUAUGACCGGUGAUGGUGUUAACGAUGCUCCAGCAUUGAAGAAAGCUGAGAUUGGAAUCGCGAUGGGAAGUGGUACCGCGGUCGCUAAAAGUGCUUCUGACAUGGUGUUGGCUGAUGACAACUUCACCUCCAUCGUAGCAGCGGUAGAAGAAGGUCGUGCAAUCUACAACAACAUGAAGCAAUUCAUUCGUUAUCUCAUUUCCUCAAACAUCGGAGAAGUCGUUUGUAUUUUCCUCGCCGCCGCUCUUGGAGUUCCCGAAGCUUUGAUUCCCGUCCAACUUUUGUGGGUGAACCUCGUCACUGAUGGACUCCCUGCUACUGCUCUUAGCUUUAACCCAGCUGAUCUUGACAUCAUGGAGAAAGCUCCUCGAUCUACCAAAGAUUCUUUGAUUAACGGAUGGCUCAUGCUCCGUUAUUGUGUUGUUGGAGGAUACGUUGGAUUUGGAACUGUUGGUGCUUCUCUCUGGUGGUUUAUGUAUGCUCCUAACGGACCCCAACUCACAUGGUGGCAAAUUACUCAUUUUAUGUCGUGCUCAACACAACCUGAAGAUUUCGAAGGAAUUAGUUGUAAGAUUUUCGAGGAUCCUCACCCAAUGACAAUGGCUCUAUCUGUGUUGGUCGUGAUCGAGUUGUGUAAUGCCCUAAAUAGUGUUUCAGAGAACCAAUCCUUGCUUCGUAUGCCACCAUGGCAAAACGUGUGGUUGAUCGGUGCAAUCGUUCUUUCUCUUUCUCUUCACUUUGUGAUUCUUCAUGUCGAUCCACUCCCGAUGGUUUUCCAAAUCUGUCCCCUGGACUUCACUGAGUGGUUGGUGGUUUUGAAAAUCUCGCUUCCAGUUAUUUUCGUUGACGAGGGAUUAAAAUGGAUUGCAAGAAACUACGUUGAAGUAACACCUGAUUUGAAGAAGACACAAUAGAUGUUGCCUCUGAUUCCUGCAUCAAAUUCUACAGAAUACCUAAACUCUAGAAAAUUUAUAAUUCAUCUCAUGCCAAUGUCUAUGUGCGUUGUGCACAACCACAUAUGUUAGAACCAAUUAUUUAUUUGUUUGUUGAACAAAACACGCCGUCACCACACAACUUAAACCAUGACUUAUCUUGAUUUCAAUAAAUUAUGAUUUUAUGUCGGUAAAACUGUGCUUUUUGGUAAUUGCUUAAAGAAAUAAACUCUAAAGUCCAAAUA